AUGUCGUUUAAUAAUGAAACUUAUAAUUUAUCAACCUCAUUAUCUAAUGAGACUGAAAAAUUAACCAGAAUAACUAAUGACAAUUGUUCAUUGUUCAGUAAUUACGAAUUCAUUAAAUUAUCAAAUUCUUAUCCAUCUCUUAAUUGGAAUAGUAAUAUCAAUAGCCAUGACAUCACAUAUACAAAAUCGAAUUUAUAUACAAAUGAAUUACAAACUGAAUUGAAUUCACUAACAGAAUCAAAUAGAUUUCAUUCCAUUAAAUGUAUAAACUAUGACAAAGAAACUUUGCCAAAUAUGAAUACUGGAAAUCCAUUAGACUAUUCUAUAAAUUCUUUAAUCAAUAAGAAAGAAAAAUCAGUAUCACCAAUAAUCAAAUCAUCUUUUUUAACUGAUUCUAAUUCUAGUCAUAAUUUAAUUCAAUAUUCAAAUGGAAAUAAUAACAUGUGCAACACAUCACCAUCUACUUGUUCAAUUGAAUACACUUCGAAUUCAAUAAAAAAUGAGAUCAAAAGUCCUAAAAUGAAUGAAAAACUUACAUUGAAACGUAGAUAUUCCAAAAAUCUUUCAAAUUCAUCUACUAAACAUUCUAAGAAGUAUAUGAGAGUAGAUUAUAACAAUAGUACCGGCCAAAAUAGUUUCAUUAUUGAUAACAAUAACCAAAAUAAUAGCACCGGUCAUUUUUCAACGACUAAACAAUUAUACACCGAUAAUUUAGUUAAAGAUACAUCAGCUUUAAAUAGAACUAUUGUUUCUACAAUCGAAUGGGAAACGCAUAAUAAUAAUAAUACAGAUUUUAAAGGGUAUAAUAAAAAUUCCAUAGAUACCAUAAAAUUAAGUAAAACUGUCCAGUCAGAUGACCAAAAUAUUCUAUUUAAUGAUAACCACAAUGAAAUCAAUGUUAGUAAUGAUAAUGAUAAUAAUGAUACAAAAAUGAAUACAAUCUCCACAGGAGCUUAUAAAUAUUUAACUUGGCGUGAGAAAGAUCGUAGACGAAGAUUUCGUGAAGAAUGGAAACAUUUAUGGCUUGUUAUACCAUAUGGACGUUAUGAGGUUAUGUGCCUUGUAUGUCACAAAAUUAUGACACAAAGAAAAUUAGAUACAAUUAAACGUCAUAAUGUUCGACGACAUGGUGAAUUACAAGGAAUGUCUCAUAUAGAAAGACAAAUCUUAUUUGAUAAACUAUUAAAACAACAUAAUGAAACAAUGACAAAUACAUCUGAUAUUUUGUCAAAUAAGCUAUCUAGUAAAUCGAAACCUAAAUAUAAAUCUACAUCUGAUAAUAAUACAAUUAACUUUUUAAAUGGUAAAGAUUCAAAUGAAAUGGUCAAUGAUUUAAUACAACAUGCAAACAAUUGGUUAACUAAUCCGAAUUCUGAAAUAAAUCAAGUACCGAAUCCGAUUAUGAAAAGUUAUUCUUCAUCAACUAAUUUACCAUUUUCUGAUCAUAUACCAUACAAAAGAAAUAAAAGAUUGUUUAAUAAAAAAGAUAAAAAGUUGUAUACAACUACUGAAUUAAUAGAAAAUACUACAAACAAAAAAAAUAAACGUUUACCAAAAAGGUUACAAAAAGACAAUUCACAUUGUUCUUUAUCUAAUUCUACAGAAAACUUAAAUGAUCAUUAUAACUUAUCUGUCAGUACAAAUCCUCUUGAAAGAUUAUCAUUUAUUGGAUGGAAGAAUUAUUCUGAUGCAUUAGAUAUUUCCAAUUUAGGAGAUCAAUUAAAAACAAGAUCCGAUAAGAAAACAUUUGUCUCCAAUGUUACAUCAUCAAUUUCAAUGAUUCAACCAUUAUCAUCAGUUUCAACAAUAUCUCAUCUAUCAACUAAUUGUUCUUUACCAUCUCUUUCAAAUUCUUCAUUUGUUUUACCAUCUAAUUAUGAGAUAGAAAAAUUGAAACAAUUUAUAAAGCCUUUUAUUUCAUUAAAUUAUAAUCUAUUUUCACAAUCAUUAUUAUCAUCAUUACCACCUACAAAAUUACCAACAUCAUGUCAUACAAUGGAUAAUUCAAAUAAAUUUAUAAUGCCUAGAUUAAGCAAUGAAUUAAAUUGUACUACUGUAGGUGGUGAUAUAUUGCAUACUAAUUUGAUGAAUUCAAUCAAUAAAGGAAAUCAAAAUAUUCGACUUGAUAUUGAAGAACACAUUGUAAUGAAUGAAUAUAACAAAAUAAUGUCAGAUGAAUCUUCAGAAAGAAUAGUCGAUGAAAAAUUAAAUGAUAAGAAUUAUCCAUCAAACAGUAAUAAGAAUAAGAAUAAUAAUACGAGUAAGGAAAUAUCUCCGGUAAACCAGUCUAAUCUAUUAAAUGUUAAUGAAAGUUUAAAACGCUUAAGAUCAUCAUCAUCAUCAUCACAUUCGUCAAAUGAUCCAAAUCCAAAUAUCGCUGAACUAUCUUCAUUCAUGAUAGCUUCUUGGAUUGAAUCUAUUGAAAAUUCAUCAAAAACCUUACAUUCAAAUUUACCUGAACCUACUUGGAAUAUUCAAUCAAUAAAUGAUUCAAAUCAAUUAAUUAUCACUAAACCAAUAGAAAGAUUCACUUCUUCAAAAUGUUCAAUAGACCAAUUUCAGUAUGAUCAUGAUCAUGAAAUCAAUCAACAAACUAUUCAUUCAACAGAUUUUAAAUUAAAUACAAAAUCUAAUUCGAAUUUAAAUAAAUUUACUAUUUCAUCUUUAUUGAAUACAGAAAUAAUGGAUAAGACAAAAAUUGGAUCAGAAAUGAUAGAAAAUGAUAAUUAUAUUCAUACAUUUCAAAAAUGUAAUCAGAAACAAGAAACUACAAAAAUUAUAUCGAAUCCUCAAUGUCUUUCAUGACAUUUGUUGUUGUUGUUGUUGUUGUUGUUGUUUAAUCUGAUCUAUCGGGCUAUGUAUAUAUGUAUUUAUGCACAAAAAUGUCUUGGUAACCAGUAAUACAUUCGAAACAGAUUGAUACCAUUCAAAAGAGA